CAUUCUUGAAUGUAGUUCAAUCAGCCAUGACCAGCUUGUGUUCUUGGCCAUGCAGGCGUUGGUGACGGCCAAGGCAUGUGGCGGCUACUAUUGCUGCAAGGUGGAGAGGACAUCCUUGUACAUGCUGGAAGGCCACUACGACCUGAAGGCAGCUUGAGUUCUUCUGCGUUGGAAGACCUCCUUGACGAGGAUGCCCGCUUGCCCUAUGUGAAGUGUCUACCUGUGUCACACUGUGUCCGGCACGGACGUGAAGGCGUCCGCAGCAUGAGUACGUCUUGGCGCAGCUUCGCGGGUGCUUUGUGGCACCACAUGGGCUCCAUCUCCAGACCUGGGUGGCGGCGCUUCUUGGGCCAAGCACUUGCUCACCAUCUCUGCCGUGCCGAGAGAGUUGAGGUCUGUGCCGAGAACGCUGGCUUAUGCCCAUUGGGAUGUCUGACGGCCCAUUUGACUCUGCUCCUUAGCGCGCCCAGAUCUUAUCGACUUGAUGGCCUUUUCACUCCAAACAAAGUGCCGAUGAUCUGGGAGCAGCUGGGAGUUGGCUUGGGCUACAUACUAUGGAACCCCACGGGUUUCAAGCUUUUGGAUGUGCUUUACAGUGGCUGGCCAAUCUUUGCGCUCUUACGAGAGCUACGUUGGAAAUUGAUUAGGCUCAAAGGCAGUGAGGCCGACGAAUAUCGAGAUCUUCAUCGCCUUCGAAGGUCCAUGAUGUUUGACGGUCCACUGGAUGCAGCAAUGGCGCGCAUCAUUUGCAUCUACCAGCCGAAGAGGAUUGAGGAAACUAGCUGCCCAGUGCUUGAGGCAGAGAAUGCCUUGGAGAAGGCGGAGGAGAUGGUCUUCCAGAAGACAACAUCGAUUUGGCAGUCUCAUGAAAAGCAUUCGGCCUUUGAAAAGCUCUUGACGAAAGCAGAGACAGAGCUGCGACGGCUCUUGCCGUGGUUCCAAGCUCCAGCGGAGGAAUUCCAAUCGCCUGCUGCGAGAUUGGCUGUAGGUUUGUUGAUUGCUGGUGAUGUGGCUUUGCCUCGGCUGGAGCGCUUGCAGAGACAGCUGAGACGCUUUACCUCGAAGGCACAACCCCUGGGUGACUACCCGUCGUGUGGGUCAGAGCUUCCCGAACAAGGGGCACUUGUAGCGGAGGCAAGAUACGUGCAAGGACUCUUCAAUCAGUUGAGUCGGCCAGUCUUGACGGGUGGCCAACCUCGAGCCCAACCCAAGGAGGCUUGGGUCACAUUUCUUUGGGGAGGCAGCGGGACAGCUGAACGCCGUGCAUGGAUCUAUGGAGAGGCCAUCCGAACUCUGGCACAUUCCGUUCGUCGGGUGGAGGUGAGAUUUUCUCGUCCAUUCCUUGUCCUCACUGUGGGCCUCCUACCUGGGCUUCUUCUUGAGGAGCUCAAGGCUGAAAACCUCACCGUGAUGCCCGUAAACAUGGAUGCGACACGACCACCAGUCUUGCCGAAGUCUAGGCAUGGCUCUGAUGCGUGGUUUGAAGAGCGUGGCCUCGAACCUGUCUUCCCGCAACUGGCAGCCUGGAGCCUCCCUUUUGAUCGCGUGGUUGUCUUGGAUGCCGACACCCUAGUGCUGGAGAACUGCGACGAACUUUUUGAUCUGGGGCCAGUGCCCUUCGCAUCAGGGUAUGAGAUGCACCAGGAGCAGCUUGACAUCUCUCGUCAUGAUGGAAGUCGCACAUAUUUAUUGAACGCGGGAGUCAUGACGCUGCGCCCUGAUCUACACUUCCUUGAGUACAUGUGGGCUGUGUCUGCCACAGAGGCAUUCCGUGGUCGCUUGGAGCAUUAUGCAGAGGGGACAUUUCCGACCUUUCAGCAGUUCUUGGACAUUUUUCUCCUCGAGGCCACAGAUCGUCGAGGCUUUGCCACUUGGGACGACAGCAGUUUCUUAGGCUGUGUGGCCUAUGAGAGGGGCUUGGCCGGUAGUGUAUGGGCACCUGUCCACGCUGAGGAAAUCCUUCCUCCUGAGAGACUCAGCCACUUGGAUCACUGUCGCUUGCCCUUGGACUACCACUUCUUGGCUGACUUUCCGCAUGUCUUCCAGAUGGCACAGGGUCUCAGAGGGGGACGAUGUGACGAUCUGUGACGAUGAUCCUUGAAGCCGCAGCCUGGUCGUUUGCAGUAGGUCCCCAUCUACUGCUGCUAGCCUUUGGACGCCAUCCUCAUUUGGACCUAUAUAUUCUACAAGUAUAGGAACAUUACGUAUACAAAAAUUGAGAGGAAUCAACUGCUGCUACUGUGCAUGUGUUGCCAAGGCCGUAGCAGCCUUGGACUCUCAAAGCAACACGAGUUCUUGGCUUUUUCGCCAGAUGAGACACCGUCCAAAGGCAUUGGCUUUACCCACAGAACAGUAUGUUCUUCAAUCUUUUUGGAAGCGCUCCUUGCAUAUGACUUAUAUACAUAGCGGCUCAAACAAGAUAAGUAAAACGGGUAGGUUUCCAAGGUUAUACUGGAGAGCAGCCAGGUUGAAGACCUGCUGUGCUCUCAACCCAGC